GACCUUGUUCGUGGUUACAUCAUUCUUGCCUUUGGGUUUCUCAAAGUGUGUUCAAGAGGUGCCUUGGAUAUCAUUGCAGGUAUGGUGUCAGUUGUGGAGCUGAAACAGAGUUCAGUAAUGCAACGAUUGCUUACAGGCUGGAUGCCAACAGCCAUCAGGGGUGACCAGUCGCCUUCAGAUCGUCCCCUCAGUCUUGCUGUUCAUUGUGUGGAGCAUGAUGCCUUCAUCUUUGCUCUGUGUCAGGAUCAUAAACUACGAAUGUGGUCUUACAAGGAGCAAAUGUGCCUGAUGGUAGCUGACAUGCUGGAAUAUGUCCCUGUGAAGAAAGACCUUCGGCUCACUGCUGGAACUGGACACAAAUUACGGCUUGCUUAUUCCCCUGCCAUGGGACUCUACAUAGGGAUAUACAUGCAUGCACCAAAACAAGGACAGUUCUGCGUUUUCCAGUUGGUGAGCACUGAGAGUAACCGCUAUAGUCUAGAUCACAUUUCUUCACUGUUCACUUCUCAGGAGACACUGAUUGACUUUGCCUUAACUUCCACGGAUAUCUGGGCCCUGUGGCAUGAUGCUGAGAACCAAACAGUUGUGAAAUACAUCAACUUUGAACAUAAUGUUGCAGGUCAGUGGAAUCCAGUUUUUAUGCAGCCUCUGCCAGAGGAAGAGAUUGUCAUCAGAGAUGAUCAAGACCCCAGAGAGAUGUAUCUGCAAAGUCUUUUUACACCAGGACAAUUCACAAAUGAAGCUUUAUGUAAGGCUUUACAGAUUUUCUGCCGAGGAACUGAGAGGAAUUUGGAUCUUUCCUGGAGUGAACUGAAGAAGGAAGUUACUUUAGCUGUUGAAAAUGAGCUUCAAGGAAGUGUAACAGAGUAUGAAUUCUCCCAGGAGGAGUUUCGAAAUUUACAACAAGAAUUCUGGUGCAAGUUCUAUGCCUGUUGUCUUCAGUAUCAAGAAGCCCUCUCUCAUCCUCUUGCCCUACAUUUGAAUCCACACACAAACAUGGUGUGCCUGCUGAAAAAAGGGUACCUGUCUUUCCUUAUUCCCUCCUCCUUAGUGGAUCAUUUAUAUCUCCUGCCUUAUGAGAACCUUUUGACAGAAGAUGAGACAACCAUAUCUGAUGAUGUGGAUAUCGCUCGGGAUGUCAUAUGUCUUAUAAAAUGCCUCCGGCUGAUUGGAGAGUCAGUAACUAUGGAUAUGUCAGUUAUUAUGGAAAUGAGUUGUUAUAACCUACAGUCUCCGGAAAAGGCUGCAGAGCAGAUUCUGGAAGAUUUGAUCACUAUUGAUGUAGAAAAUGUAAUGGAGGAUAUUUGUAGUAAACUGCAAGAGAUUAGGAACCCAAUCCAUGCAAUUGGACUGCUUAUACGGGAAAUGGAUUAUGAAACAGAAGUGGAAAUGGAAAAGGGAUUCAAUCCAGCUCAGCCUUUGAAUAUUAGAAUGAAUCUUUCCCAGCUCUAUGGUAGUAGCACAGCAGGAUAUAUUGUGUGCAGAGGUGUGCAUAAAAUCGCCAGUACUCGUUUCCUGAUCUGCCGAGAUCUUUUGAUCUUACAGCAGCUGUUAAUGAGGCUUGGAGAUGCUGAGAAUUUACUAAGUUGUCUUUUCCCCUUUUCUCACAGGGAGUCUAAUCUCCAACACUUAUCAGUACUGGAAUUAACAGACUCUGGUGCUUUAAUGGCAAAUAGGUUUGUAUCUAGUCCUCAGACUAUUGUGGAGUUAUUCUUCCAAGAAGUUGCAAGAAAACACAUUAUAUCUCACCUCUUCUCUCAGCCAAAGGCACCUCUGAGCCAAACUGGAUUGAAUUGGCCUGAAACAAUUACUGCAAUUACCAGUUAUUUAUUGCAGCUUUUAUGGCCUAGCAAUCCUGGGUGUCUCUUUCUAGAAUGUUUGAUGGGAAAUUGUCAAUAUGUACAAUUGCAGGAUUAUAUUCAACUGCUCCAUCCCUGGUGUCAAGUCAAUGUUGGUUCCUGUCGAUUUAUGCUGGGAAGGUGUUACCUAGUUACAGGAGAAGGACAGAAGGCUCUGGAAUGUUUUUGUCAGGCAGCAUCUGAAGUAGGCAAAGAGGAAUUCUUGGAUCGCUUGAUUCGCUCAGAGGAUGGGGAGAUCGUGUCUACCCCCAGGCUGCAGUAUUAUGACAAGGUUUUACGACUACUAGAUGUCAUUGGUUUGCCUGAACUGGUUAUUCAGUUGGCUACAUCGGCCAUAACUGAAGCAGGUGAUGACUGGAAAAGUCAGGCUACUCUAAGGACAUGCAUUUUCAAACAUCAUUUGGAUUUGGGUCACAAUAGCCAAGCAUAUGAAGCCUUAACCCAAAUUCCUGAUUCCAGCAGGCAAUUAGAUUGUUUACGGCAGUUGGUGGUAGUUCUUUGUGAACGCUCACAGCUACAGGAUCUUGUAGAGUUUCCCUAUGUGAAUCUGCAUAAUGAGGUUGUGGGAAUAAUUGAGUCACGUGCUAGAGCCGUGGACCUUAUGACUCACAAUUACUAUGAACUUCUGUAUGCCUUUCACGUCUAUCGCCACAAUUACCGCAAGGCUGGCACAGUGAUGUUUGAGUAUGGAAUGCGUCUUGGCAGAGAAGUUCGAACUCUCCGGGGACUUGAGAAACAAGGCAACUGUUAUCUGGCUGCUCUCAAUUGUUUACGACUUAUUCGUCCAGAAUAUGCGUGGAUUGUGCAGCCAGCGUCUGGUGCAGUGUAUGAUCGCCCUGGAGCAUCCCCUAAGAGGAAUCAUGAUGGAGAAUGCACAGCUGCCCCCACAAAUCGACAAAUUGAAAUCCUGGAACUGGAAGAUCUGGAGAAAGAGUGUUCCUUGGCUCGUAUCCGCCUCACUUUGGCUCAGCAUGAUCCAUCAGCAGUUGCAGUUGCCGGAAGUUCAUCAGCAGAGGAGAUGGUCACUCUCUUGGUUCAGGCAGGCCUCUUUGACACUGCCAUAUCACUCUGUCAGACUUUUAAGCUUCCCUUAACGCCAGUCUUUGAAGGACUUGCCUUCAAAUGCAUCAAAUUGCAAUUUGGAGGAGAGGCAGCACAAGCAGAAGCCUGGGCCUGGCUAGCAGCCAAUCAGCUCUCAUCUGUCAUCACUACUAAGGAGUCGAGUGCUACAGAUGAAGCAUGGCGACUAUUAUCAACUUACCUGGAAAGGUACAAAGUCCAGAAUAACUUGUAUCACCACUGUGUAAUCAACAAGCUCUUGUCUCAUGGAGUGCCUCUACCUAAUUGGCUUAUAAACAGUUACAAGAAGGUUGACGCCGCUGAAUUACUUCGUUUAUACUUAAACUAUGACCUUUUAGAAGAAGCUGUGGAUUUGGUGUCAGAAUAUGUGGAUGCUGUAUUAGGUAAAGGACAUCAAUACUUCGGAAUUGAGUUUCCACUGUCCGCAACAGCCCCAAUGGUGUGGCUUCCAUACUCCUCUAUUGAUCAGCUUCUCCAGGCUCUGGGGGAGAACAGUGCCAACAGUCACAACAUCGCACUGUCCCAGAAGAUACUUGACAAAUUGGAGGACUACCAGCAAAAAGUUGAUAAGGCAACACGGGAUUUAUUAUAUCGUCGGACCUUGUGAUCUGGAUUGUUACCUAGCCUUUGUAACCGCUUGGUGCCUCUUAGGGCUUAAGACUACCCUACAGGAAGCCUGUACUCAAGGCCAAUUUUUGUAACUCUAAAUGAUGUGUACAACAUUCAAGUCUGCAUUCUGCACAAGAUAGGAGGGCGGAAGAGUCAGAGGACCCUGUGCUUGCUGGUGGUGCUAACACAAUUUCUGGUGUUGAACCUUGGUCUCAAAUAGCUGCUUUUGUAUAUGAUCCACAAGCUUUUUUAGAGUUUAUAUUUUUUUAAACUACCGAAGACAUUCAUUAUCUGCAAAUUAAGACCCAUGUUCACUUUCCAAAAUAGCUGAGGGUUGUUGGCUUGUUGUAGCUGACCACCAAAAGCAGUCACUGCAGAUCUUUUAAUUCUUCCCUAUCACCUUUUGUAUUUUAAUGCAAUUAUUUUGGUCCAGAACUGACAUGUAUUUUCUGUAUUGUACACAAAGGCUAAUAAUUUUGCAUACUCUUAUUUAUUUUGGAGGUUUUGUAUGAUCUUCAAUCAAGUAUUAAAUAAUUUGCCUAGAUUAAGCCUAAAAUGAUGACCAGCUAAUUAAAGAAAAUAUUUUGAAUCUGGUUCUGAGCUAAAGUUAAGUAAAUUCUUAGCUAAGAAAAAAUUGGAAAUCCAUUAUCUAUAUUAACAACAGAUUCUCAGAGUAAAUUGUUAACUUCUAUGAUUUAUGAUAAUCAAGCUGGACUUGAUCAUACAAGUUAGUCUCAUAAUGUAUUGGACCAAAAUAUAAACUUCAUUGGUCAGAUUCAGAAGCAUUUAUGCUCACAAGUUUUGUGAAAGUGAAAAAUAAUAAAAUCAUCUUGGAUUUUAUUCUAUAUAUUAAAAUUUAUCUUUUAAGGAAACAAUCUGUAUACUACUUGCUUGUAUAGCCUUUUGACCCUUCUUGAGUUUUUCAUAAGCCUUUAAUUUUUAUACUUUCAAUACCAUAUUUACAUUAUAUGUUUUAAUUAACAAUGUGAGUUUCUCUGUG